UCCUUCGAGCAAGGCCGAAGAGAAGGCGACGUCCCAAACCUGCGUUCCUCAUGGAAGGCCAGCGUCAGCGGUCGCCAUCGGAGUCACGCGCGAACCCCAAGAGGUCUUCAGUGCCCAAUCUUCGUCACCAUCGUAGUCUCUCGAGUAAGCGGACCGCGAGGACGGGCUCGGUGCACGAGUAUGUUGCCAGUGCACCCGCAUCAAGAGACGAUGCGAAAAGCCCUUCACCGGCCUUGCCAGUUGGGCAAGCCUCGCAGGGCCGCAGGGACGAGGCACCUAGGACAGGUGCACUAGCCGCAGAACGUGGAUGGGAGAGACGGUCACUCACAGCUGCUGAGAAGUCGGAGUCGCCUGCGCAGCAGGACUGUGACUGCCCGUCCGCCGUCGAUGCCGCGACCGCGCAGGGCCCCGAAAGCUCGAUGAGCGAGCGGACCGCGUCCGUCGCGGCAGCCCCCCCGCACCGACCAUCGUGUGCACUCGGGCUGCUGCAGGGCGCAGAUUCCGACGCGCUCUUAGGCCGAGCUGACGAAGGGGCCGUCAUGCACCGCCUCUCCACGUCUUCUACGCCGCAAUUGAGUCGCUUGGAGGCUCCCCAGAUUGUCAACAGCGAGGAAUCGGCGUGGCAGAAUCCCGAGAAAGCCAGAGCCCCCAGUGGUGUGAGCGCGAGCUCUGGCAUUCAAGGUUCCGAGUCGCCCCGCGCGCUCACGCUGUCUCCGGUCGGAACCGCGGCGGCGGCCCUUGCCGCAGCUGCGUCGUACGCACCCUUUGUCGGCGUCGACUACGAUGUCGUUACCGGGCCGCGCGCCGACGAAGGCGAGGCUGCGAUGGGCCCAGAGGCCGCUUGCGCUGCUGACGCUGGCGCGACGGAAUCGCAGCUACCGGACACCGGCGCUGGAACUGGCCGGCCGUAUCGGCCCCGCGGCCUCCGGGACGGUGCGGCGCUCAAGCCGCUCUUCGACCUGCUGGUGCAGCUGGACUGCUUCUGGCUCGCGCAGGAUUUGUUUUCCGGCGACACGCAGCGCGUGCAGAGCAGCAUUCGCGUGCUGGCCACCAUGGCGCUGCUUCUGCUAGUGCUCUGGCUGGCCGCUGUGCCAAACUCGGCCGAGAAGGUGCGUCCUCGAUACGAUGUCUCGUGGGGAACGCUCGCAGCGCACCGAGCCACCCUGAAAAUACCCUGGCGUUAG